AAAUAUCUCACGCUGUCUCUACACUGCACAAGUCUCCACUAGAAGGCGGCAGUACUACUGGCCCUUGACUGGUGUACUGGGCCGUGAAAGGCUUACUCUUCGAGGUAGGCUUGCAUGCUACGGGUAAGCGAUCAGAGCCGGCAUCGUGUGAGGGGCCGGUACAGACCUCCACUCUUUUGCAGCCUUGCCUGGAAGAUGGUUGGCCGCCCUGCAUCCCCUGGACGACUGACUUCAUGACCGCUACAUGUCUUUUGCCUCUGACGGAGGCCAUGGUAUACCGUCCUACAUGUUGUAUUGUUAAGCGCCCGGCCAAGCAAUUGAAAAUCUAGGGUUGUUAUGGAGCACGGCCUGGUUCCCAACCGAUCAGACAUCGGUCAGCAUUCAUGAAUGAAGAAGCCGGUGUGCCUGAUGCGGCCGCUGAUGCUGCAGCAUAUCUUGCACCGCUUCUAGAAAAGCCUCCUGCUGCUAUUGAAUCCGAGUAUAACAAACUGCAUAGGAAUGUACAAGUCGUUCUCAGGCGUCAGAUCGGGACACAGUCACAAGGAGGUGCCAGAUCGGGCAGGCUGCCACUUUGUUCCGUUCAAGGAGAGGGAGCCUUGCUUCGGUCACUCAAAUCCACAAGUUUGACCGACAUACUGUUCCUCCUUGCCCGGAUAUACGAUGCAGGCCACAUAGUAAUAUGCAGGAAUUUGGGUUUUGCCAAACGAGGGUGGCCUCACCAAGCAGGACUUUUACAGGAUCCUUGUAUGGAUGUGAGUCUACUCACGGAGGAAAUCGUCAAGAACGAAUACAAACGCAACGAGGAUAUUGUCCUAGUAUCCGACGAUGAACAUCCGAAUGUCCUAAAAGCAACUUGGACCCCGAUUUGUCCUAUGAGUUUUGAUCAUCUCCCUACGAUCGACUCACUGUCCAAGCUCCUUCCCGGCGAACGCUCACCAGGUAGAAAUUACGCGGGUAUCGGAGGAGGUGGUGGCUCUGAUGUCAUCAGCGCAAGCCUGCUGGGCCAUCUUCUCCGGCGCAACGGCAAGGAAAUGAAUCUCCUUGUCUCCACCCGCACCUGGAGGACCGGAUCGCAAGGGAAAGAAGGCUCGAGACUAGGGAUCAAGCGCGAAGUGCAUCAACACGGCGGACCCGCUGUGUUGGACGGUAAACCCGUGGCAGGGACAUACCGCAUCACCCCGGCGACAUACACUGAGGGCCGGGAUCUUGAAACCGUACCUAUUCGCCACCAUGAGCAUGUGUUUCUCGUCCUUGACCAGGGAGAAGAGAAAGAGACACAAGACAUCCCGCAAGAUGAAAGGGCCGACCUUGCAACCCAGUUCCGGGCCGUUCUCUCACAGUGUCCGGAUCUGGACACCGUCGUCGUGGUUGACACGGGCGGAGAUGUGUUUGGUGGUGAAAAAGAUGGACUCGCAGGAUUCAGCACGCCUGACCAGGACCUCCGCGUCCAACGGGCAGUGGCAGGACUCCAGCACACUUAUCCAAACCUCGUGACCACCGUGUUUGCUCCUGGCGUGGAUGCCCCGGCCGAUACUCCGGACAAAGCUAAGCGAGCGGGAGGAAAAGUCUACAGAUUGGCGCCUGAAGAACAAACUCUCAUCCUCGAUAUCCUUGCCAAAGACUACGGGAUGGACGGGUCAAAUCCCAACCGAUUCGGCAAGACGAAACUGUGUCUCCAGGCCGCCUUGAAAGGUCAGCGAGGAUGGACCUGUCUGGACCUGCCCGCCCAUGUCGUCGAUACCUGGGAUAACCCCUGGAGUUGCUUCACUUACAUCAGGGAGUGUAUGAGUGACGUUUUGUUCGUUCCGCUGCUGGACCUCUUGCCGCUGAUCGAUCCUGGGCAUGACUUGGAAGAGUCUACUUCCGCAAAUCAUACAUGGCCACCGUCCACCACAUAAAAUGGACUACACCACAUCUUUCUUGGUUUAGUUUGCCGUGACGAUCAGCCAUGGCUUCCUGCAUGACCUGUUCAAUACUGCAUUCUUGCUUCAGCAGCUGGAAUAAAUAGACUCGGAGAUGAAACCACUCUAUUAGCUGCGAUGGAUUACACAACGUGAUUCUGGCCCUUGGUCCUGUUAAAGUCCAGUACUGUACAAUAGUACAAUAGUACAGACUGUACUGUCCAACAAUAUAUAUUUAGAUACCAGCAAACAAACGUCCGAUUUGAAAAGUCAGCCUUAGCCUUAUUGACAUACCUACACAGUACCUAGGUAUAUGGACGUGUCAAUAUUUCAAGAAUAUACCACAGGCAUACCACAUCAUACCUCAUCAUCCUUAUACCGCCACUAAAUGCAAGGCGUCGGAGACGAAGAAAUGACACUGACUUGACAUAAAACAAACCAUUUGCCUUGUUCUCAACGACGACAUGGCAUGCGCUUGGCCUAGCUGGACACAUUCCUAUGAACAAGCCAUACGCAUAUAUACUCCAAAAGCAAGUCACAUAUCCGCUGGCACUGCCACAAUCUGUCUCUGUCCCUGACAACCUGCCUACAAACCACAAGACCAAGACAAAAACCCAACUCCCGCAGUGCAGUGCCUGUGCUUCAAUAUACUAUUUUCAAUGUCCAUAUCCACGUCCAUUUGGCCCAACACACAUGCCGAGUCCCCUGCUCAGUGUACAAUCUUCUCUUCAUGCAUCACACUCUCCGACCUCUUCUCCGCCGCAAUCUCACUAACCCGAUUCUCCAAAUCAUGAGAGAUAUACGACUCCUUGCUCGUGCCCACCACGAUCCACGGCGCAUGCGUAAACAAGUAAUUCAUCUCUUCGAGAGGGCGACGCGCAGUCUCGGGCAACAACAGCCAAAAGAAUAAAGCGUUGGUGAAGUUGCAAAUAAUAAAAAGGUAGUAGUAUUUGUAGCCGAUGUUUUCCAUCGCGAUCGGUGUGACUUGGCCCUGUAAAACACACACAAUCAGAACUUCAUUCCCACACAUCCAC